UAUGGAGUUAGUCUCCCAAAAAAAGGCGAUUAAAAAAAGAGACACGGUGAAGAGGCCAUUCGUUCGUUUGUAUCGGAUAAGACAGAAGAAAGAACGCAUCUCGCAUCUCUCCACAAAGACGAUUCUCCCUCCGAUCUCAAACAAAGGGCGAACCUCUUGACUCCUCGCGGCGAAACAAAAAAAUCUCGCUGAUCUUUUCGGAAACUCAAACCCUAACGUAGCCAGACGGAAGAGAGAGAGAGGGCCACCACAGCUGCUGCUGCAAGAGUCAAAAUUUUUGUAAGAAAUCCAAAAUGAGUCAAGAAAACGCUGGUUAUGGAGAUAAUCACAAGCUACUACACCACCAGGGAAGCGGUACUAUUCCUGCUCUAGCUGAUGAAGAACUCAUGGGAGAAGAUGAUGACUACGAUGAUCUCUACAGCGAUGUUAAUGUUGGUGAGGGUUUCUUCCAAGCUCACAAUCAACCUCAAACACCAGCAGCUCAAGUCGGUGGUGGAAGUCUUCAACCUCCUCAGAACAGUAAUGUUUCUGAACCGAGAAUGGCUGUUGUUUCCGGAGGUGGAGUUGAAGGGAAGUAUCAUCAUAAUGGGAUGAUGAGUGGACCUGAGACGAGAUCAGAUGCUUAUCCACAACAAGGGUCUUCUUUUGGAUCCAAAGGGAUGAAUGUUGAUGUCCAAUCCAACCAACCCAAUAAAGUCAAUCCACCACAAGGAUCAACAUCUAUUGUGUUGAACACACAUAGUUUUUCAGGGAACGCGGUGGUGAAUGUGCCCGCGCCGGAGCCGACGCCUGUGCAUAACAACCCCUACGGUGGUGGUCCUCCUCCUCAAGGUGCUCAACAGAUCCCUGUUAGCCAGACGAGUGUGAAUCCAAAUGCAAUGGUAAACAGAAGCCCGACGACGCAGCCGUUUGUUGUGGACAAUGGGAACACCAUGCUUUUCGUUGGAGAGUUACACUGGUGGACGACGGAUGCAGAGAUCGAGAGUGUGCUUUCUCAGUAUGGAAGAGUCAAAGAGAUCAAGUUUUUUGACGAGAGAGUUAGUGGUAAAUCCAAAGGGUAUUGUCAGGUUGAGUUUUAUGAUUCAGCUGCUGCUGCCGCUUGCAAAGAAGGAAUGAAUGGUUUUGUUUUCAACGGUAAAGCAUGUGUUGUGGCCUUUGCUUCUCCUGAAACACUGAAGCAGAUGGGAGCUAAUUUCACUGGGAGGAACCAAGGACAGAACCAAAUGCAAAACAGAAGGCCUCUGAAUGAGGGAAUGGGAAGAGGUAACAACAAUAACAACAACAACAACAACAACAUGAAUACUCAAAAUGGAGACGGUGGAAGAAACUAUGGGAGAGGAGGUGGGUUUGCACGUGGUGGCCAAGGAAUGGGAAACCGUGGAGGUCAUUGGGGUGGUGCAGCGAGAGGAAGAGGGAUAAACAACAUGGCUAACGGUGCAGGUGCUGGACCGUAUGGCCCUGGACUUGCUGGUCCAGCGUUUGGUGGUAUGAUGCAUCCUCAGGGUAUGAUGGGAGCUGGUGGGUUUGAUCCUACAUUCAUGGGUCGUGGUGCUGGUUAUGGAGGGUUUCCAGGUCUUGCUUACCCCGGGAUGCCUCAACCUUAUCCCGGUGUGAAUCCAAUGGGAAUGGUUGGGAUUGCUCCUCACGUUAAUCCCGCCUUUUUCGGUGGGGCGGGAAUGGGAACGAUGGGGAACUCAGGGAUGAACGGAGUUCAUGCAGCAGGGAUGUGGAACGAGGCUAGUGGAGGAGGAGGCGGUGGUGAAGAGGGUGGUUCUGAAUACGGUGGCUAUGAAGAUGAAAACCAAGAGAAAGAAGAGAAGCAGCCAUCACGAGAGAAAGAACGAGCUACCACAGAACGUGACUGGUCUGAGAGCAGUGGUGGUGAUAGAAGACACAAGAGUCACCGCGAAGAGAAAGAUAGUCACCGCGAGUAUAGGCGCCGUGAUUCUGAAGAGUACGAUAGAGGACAAUCUUCUUCCAAGUCUCGAAGCAGAUCAAGAAUGUCGGAAGAUGAUCAUAGGUCCAGGUCAAGAGAUGCUGACUACGGAAAGAGAAGGCGUGGAGACUGAAACAGAACAUCUCAUGGUUCUUCGUGCCUCUUCUCUCUUGUUUGAUGCAUCUAAAACAAUACCGGUUUGAAGUUACUCUGCAUACUACUUAUCAUCCAAUAUUUGAUACAAUGUUUCUCCAUACCUUGUUUGCUGAUGAUUGUCUUUGGAGACGAGCAUAUAUAUAUAUAUGUGUGUAAACUGUGUUUUUGUUGAAGUUUCAUUUGUUAUUACAAACACCAUGAUUUAGGGAGUUGUUGUGAGUCAUUGUAGCCCAUUUACGAUGAAAAAGAGAUCUUUUAUUCA